UUCAAUUUUCAAUGUCAUGGCCAUUCCAGAGAGAAAAGGUCUAAGUUCAGAGCUGUGAAUUUUUCUGGCUGCUUUCCAUGGAGGGAGGCUGGAGUGAGCUUUGCCCUGGGCUGACACUGUUCCUUGUCACUGAUUAACCAGCUUUGUAGGAAGGCAGCUUCACUGACAUCCUGUUCCGCCUGGAGAGUGAUACUUGGCAAAGCUUUGGAGAGCAGAAAAAUGUCCACUCGCUAUCACCAAGCUGCUAGUGAUAGCUACCUGGAACUUCUGAAGGAGGCUACCAAGAGAGAUCUGAAUCUUUCUGAUGAAGAUGGCAUGACUCCCACACUCCUAGCAGCCUAUCAUGGGAACUUGGAAGCCCUAGAAAUAAUCUGCAGCAGAGGAGGGGAUCCUAAUAGAUGUGACAUCUGGGGAAAUACUCCUUUACAUUAUGCAGCCUCCAAUGGUCAUGCCCACUGCGUCUCAUUCCUGAUAAACUUUGGUGCCAACAUCUUUGCUCUGGACAAUGACUUACAGUCUCCACUGGAUGCUGCUGCCAGCAGAGAGCAGAAUGAAUGUGUCGCUCUUCUGGAUAAGGCUGCCACCUCCCAGAACAUCAUGAACCCCAAGAAAGUCACCAGGCAGAAGGAGCAGGCUCAGAAGAAUGUCAAGAAGCAGAUCAAAGAGUGUGAGAGGCUCCAGGAGAAGCACCAAAAUAAGAUGGCCCGCACAUACAGCAAGGAGGAAUCUGGGACUCUUUCUUCUUCCAAGGGAACUUUCUCUAGGUCACCCCUUUCAAAUGCUUCUGCUUCUAACACAUUUGGGUCACUGUCUAAGAGUAUUAAAGAUACCCUCAAGCUUAAGUUCAAGAAGAACAAAGAUACAGCAGAGCAGUUAGGGGAUGGGAGCAGAAGUGGGCAGAAGAAUGUGAUGGAAGUGUUCAGAGAGGAUGAGGAAGACGAAUUCUCAGGGGACUUCAUAGAGAAGCUCCAGCUAUCUGCAGAGGGGGACAGCUGUAUGCAACACGAAUCCAUUCUCAACCGUCCAGGUCUAGGAAAUGUUGUUUUUGGAAGGAAUAGAAUAUUCAGCCCUGAAGACAUCUCAGACAGCAGGAGGGAGCUGGGGUUUACAAUGCCCAGUGAAUUGCUUCAGAGACAAGGAGAAGCUGAGGCUGAUGAAGAGGGAGAGGAAAACAACCAUGAAGAUGAUCUGCCUUGGGAUGAGGAUGAAGUGGACUGGGAGGAAGAUGUGGUUGAUGCUACUCCCCUGGAAGUGUUCUUGCAGUCCCACUACUUGGAAGAAUUUCUUCCUAUUUUCAUGAGAGAACAGAUUGAUCUGGAAGCUCUGCUGCUUUGCUCUGAUGAGGACCUUCAGAGCAUACAAAUGCAGCUGGGUCCCAGGAAGAAAGUUCUUAAUGCCAUAAAUAGAAGGAAGCAGGUGCUACAACAGCCUGGGCAGUUGGUUGACACCAAUCUCUGAUGGAGUGUUGGGUCAACAGGCUGAGUCUAUAGAGGUGUGGGUGAUGCUGUGGCCCACUGGAGAUAUUCCAGGCAAUACCUACUCUGUACCCAAUACCAGACUACCGGGUUUCUAAGGUUUUGGAGGUGUCCACCUAAGAAAGAAGCCCAAAUUCUACUCUGAGAAAUACUCUGUACCUAAAUUCAUAUAAACCACUAGUGAGAAACUCAAGGAGGUAAGAAAUGGGAAUAAGGAAAUGACCUCUUCAAUUAUCUUUUUGAUAUUUUUGAAUAUAGAAAGGAUUAAAUGGAUGACAGAGAACAGAAAAGACUUUAUUUCCUAACUCUGAACUUAAAAUUAUAGUCUCCUAUCACACUGCUGCUGCUGCUGCUAAGUCGCUUCAGUCGUGUCCAACCCUGUGCGACCCCAUAGAUGGCAGCCCACCAGGC